CCAAGGCAAAGCACAUUCCAACGAUGUGAUUGGAAUGUACCCUCCCCUCCCCUCGAAUGUAUUUCUGUUUGCGAGAGAGAGGCUCCGUUCUCUUCACAAAAAAAAUCCAACAUGGCACCUGAGGCGAAGAAAUACAAGCUUGAACUCAGUGAAGGUGUUCUGCUGGGCAUGGGAAAUCCUCUUCUUGAUAUCUCAGCAACUGUUGACAAGGACUUCUUAGAUAAGUAUGGACUUGAUGAGAACAAUGCAAUCUUAGCCGAAGACAAGCACAAGCCAAUGUACCAGGAAAUGAUCGAUAAGUUCAAUGUUGAUUAUCUACCUGGUGGAGCGACACAGAACAGUAUCCGUAUAGCUCAGUGGUUGUUAGGCAAAGAAACUAAAGCAACAUCAUACAUGGGUUGUAUAGGUGAAGAUGCAUUUGGUAAAACUCUGACAGAUAUUGCAACAGCAGCAGGGGUCCAUGUAAAUUACUUGAUUAACAAGGAGAUCCCUACUGGGACUUGUGCUGUCUGCAUUACCGGCAAGCACAGGUCUCUAGUCGCUAAUUUAGCUGCUGCUAAUAACUACACCAAAUCCCACUUGGAUCAGCCUGAAAACUGGGCACUUGUGGUGAAAGCCAACUUCUUCUAUAUUGGGGGUUUCUUCUUGACAGUAUCGCCAGAAUCCAUAGUAGCUGUUGGAAAGUAUGCUGCAGAGACAGACAAGCUAUUCAUGAUGAAUCUGUCUGCUCCAUUCUUGUGCCAAUUCUUCAAGGAACCAAUGAUGAAUGCAAUGCCUUAUAUAGAUAUCCUCUUUGGAAAUGAGACAGAAGCACUAGUUUUUGCAAAGGAGCAAAAUUUCAAGACAGAAGACCUCAAGGAAAUAAUACUUAAGAUGUCAAAGUUGACUAAAGUAAACGAGAAGAGGUCCCGUACUGUCGUGAUAACUCACGGGAAAGAACCCACCCUCGUCGCUCAGGACGGCGAGGUGAGAGAGUUUCCUGUUAUCGCCAUCAAAGAAGAAGACAUCGUCGAUACAAAUGGCGCUGGUGACGCUUUUGUUGGGGGGUAUCUAAGUCAGCUGGUCCUUGGGAAGCCUGUGGAGGAGUGUGUUCGAUGCGGCCACUGGUGUGCAAACUACAUUAUUCAACAAUCUGGCGUGGUUACCAAAGGCGAACCAGGCUUUGAGUGAAAAAGUCAAUAAAGCUUGCAGUAACCAAU